AUGGUCAAAUACGUGACACAGCGCAGAGAGGUGCUUUCAGAGUCGGAGGCAUCCCUGGACCAGCAGGAUUACGCGGAGAUGCAAAGCGACUAUUCCUUCAGAGACGUGUUCUUCUCCAACUGUUCCGCAAUGGACCAAAUCGACACUUUUAUGAAGAAUGUGCAAGUGCUGCUUGAUGCGGCAAAUUACAUAGAAAAUAACGAGAGGAGCAACGGAAAGUAUGAGCAUGGAUAUGCAUCUUCAUACCCAGCCAGUGAUAGUGUACAUCAGCUGAAGCAAAGAGCAUUUAAAAGCAGGAAAAUAGACAGUAUUCACAGCAGGUCAGCGCACAAUGAACUGGAAAAGAACAGACGUGCACACCUCCGCCUGUGUUUGGAGAGGCUGAAGUCGCUCAUUCCCCUGGGCCCAGACUGCAGCCGACACACUACUCUGGGACUACUCAACAAGGCCAAAGCACACAUCAAGAAACUUGAAGACACUGAGCGAAGAAGUCAGCAUCAGCUGGACAUCCUGGAGAGAGACAGACGGCACCUGCAGAGGCAGCUGGCCCAGCUUCAGCCUGUGGGGGACAGAGAGAGGCUGCGGAUGGACAGUCUGGACUCCAGGGAAGACUUGGACCAGACAGAGUCUGACAGAGAGGACAUUGAAGUGGACGUGGAAAGCACUGAGUUCUCCCAUGGAGAAAUGGACUGUGUCAGCACAAGUGGAGUGAGUGACCUGGAUGACCACAGCAGCAGACAGAGCUCCAUCAGUGACGAGGGCUACUCAACCUGCAGUCUCAAAGUGGCCUUCAAUGUGUGA